AUGGAGCCAGUCGUGUUUGACCAGUCGCCGCUCGCCGAGUACCUUCGUGACGAAGGUGAAGACGAGAAGGUGGGAUGGGCGCACGACGACUCAGCUUACGAUGCAUCGCCUCCCUCGAGCCCCGAAUUCGCACCGACGGGUCGGCCGAUGGUCAGAUCGAAAUUCCGCAACAAUUCCCUCCGAGUCGACAUACCCACGAAGGCGGCCUCUGACAAGUCAUACCGAAAAAGCUACUCGACUGCGGUAGCGUCCAGGAUUGACCGAGCCGACAACUCCAAAUUCCUCGAGCAAUUUCGCUAUACUAUUAUCGCAUCCCAGCUAUUGAGUGGGCACUCCAUAUUAUCCCAGCACAAUGCAUCAUCCCGGUCCGCCAAUGCUGCCAUUGACGGUAAUCCGACCGACAAGCUGCUCGACUCGACCGGCGCGGCCGUCGUCGUCUUGGGUGCAUUGGCUCUGGCUGUUUCGAUCAACUGGCUCGUAGGAGCAGGACCAUUGAACAAGAGAAGGACUGCUAUUAUUUUGCUGGUCGUUGUGAUCACUGCAGGGAUUGCCCAUGUGUUCAUGCGGAGGCAAUGGCUGAGGUAUAGGCGACUGCAGGCACUUUCAGAGGUCACUGCGUUUGUUUCGAACUCCCAGGAAUUUGACAGUGCAACUGGUGCAGCCAUUACGCUGGUACAAGAGGUGGAACUUGUUUCCAGAGGUUACCGUCUGAGUGCGCCACUUCCACCUAUCAGCCGUAUAGAGGAUCGCUCACAGACGCGCAAGUGCGUGCGGCUACGCAGGGCCCUCAGGACGUGCUUUGCCGAUGUCAUUCCCGCAUACGACCAGACCGUUUCGGUAGUUAAAGGCUUCUCGGAACAACUUGACUUGGAGAAAUAUUACGACAUUUACGACAUCAGCGACUUCGACAUGUCCGAUGCCAGGCAGGGCUUCCAGGAGAAUGAGUUUGAGGAUAACGAAUCACUUCGGACGCUCAAGGUUCUUGCUGCACGGUUUCACACCAUUCGCAAGAUGUUCUUGUGUGCGCUGCUGGCCCUGGAUGCAAGCGGCGACAGCAGCGACCUCUUGAAAUGGACAACAACGGUGGAGGUGGUUCGCGCUCUCAAUACGGUCACUCAAAAAGCGUUCGAGAGUCUAAGAAGACUUUUGAGCGAUGAGGAGUCUUUCCCGCCGCCGCCGACUCCAAAGAUGCCCCUGACGCCCGGCCGAGAGAGAUGGAGAUCGCAAUUACGGAAACUUAACUCCCUAUCCAGCGGGAUUCGCGGCUUGCAAGCCAAGCUGACUUUACUGAGAGAAGAGUCUGAUCGUAGCCUCAACGAGUCCGACGACAUUUCCGAGCUCGGCUCCAGUCUGAUGCUGCAAUACGAGUCUAUCGGAGCGGAUUUGAAAACCCUGAUGCAGGCCUGGGAGGAAGGCAAAGCAGCUCUCGCCAUGGGUAUCGACCGGAACGAGAAGAGAUUAUCUUCUAUGAGCACAUUGCUCUCUCCAACCAGUUCACUUAGCGGCCUGACGACAGUCGAGGAAGGGGGGGCAGCCGAAGCUCUCAAGGCGUUGAACGGAGAGUCACCCUCCAGCACGGACUUCGGCAGCACAGGGGAACCCGACACGGAAGAGGUCUUUGAGGCUGUUGCCCAGCCUAGGCCUCGCAGCCUAUUCACCAGAGAGGAGCGCAUCAUCAAGAUGCGAGAAGAUCGGGAGAAGCGAGAGAUCGCCAAAGAAAAGGCCGACGCCAACCGGGGUAUGAUGAAGGAGCUCGAGAUGGUCAUCAACCUCCGGCCCCGCCCGCGGACUGGGAUGAAUCCGUCGCGCGUCGUUUCAAUGUGA